AUGCUCCACUGGGAACUGGGAACAUGCUGGAGAGGCAAGAUCCUGUCAGGAGCUGCAGAGCAGCACAGCUUCCGUCACAAAUUGAAUUUCAAAGAAUUUAACACCUACUUACUAGAAGCUACAAGGGUACUCAAGGAAUUUUCCAUUGACUUGAUCAAGCAAGGUCUCAUCAUCAUGCUGGCUGCAAUCCUGAUUCUUUUUGGGGCCACAGCGAUAUUGCAAGCAGACUUAAUUCCUGAUACAAAAUCUUUACUUCUUCCGCCUGCCAAUUUCACUAUCAAGAUUAUUGGUUUAGCUCAAGUUCUUUUACGUUGGGAGCCAGACCCUCAACAAGAGCUAAGGAAUGCUGUUCUGGGAUAUGCGGUGAGAAUAAAUACACCUCAAGAAGAUGAUUAUGAAACCAGGGACACUGAAAGGCGGUGUGUAACGAUUCUUCACAAGGGCUUUUCAGCAAGUGUGCAGACCAUCUUUUGGAAUGAACACUCACUCCCUGCCAGCAGUUGGGUUACUGCAGAACUGAAAGACCCUCCAGGGUCUCCUGGAACCUCAAUUGUGAAUUUAACUUGUACCACAAACACUGUAAUAGAUAAGUAUACACUCUUAAGACCAUACCAAGUUUCUCUUCAUUGUACCUGGCUUGUGGGCCAGGAGGCUCCUGAGGACACACAGUAUUUCUUCUACUAUAGGUAUGGCCCUUGGACUGAGGAAUGCCAAGAAUACAGCAAAGACACACUGAAGAGGAAUAUUGCAUGCUGGUUUCCAAGGACUGUUAUCAACAGCAAAGGGAGAGACAGACUUGCAGUAUAUAUUAAUGGCUCAAGCAGGCAUGCUAUCAUCAAGCCAUAUGAUCAAUUGUUUGAUCUUCAUGCCAUUGAUCAAGUAAACCCACCAAUGAACAUCACCGCAGAGAUUGAUGGAGUUCAUCUCUCUAUCCAAUGGGAGAAGCCAGUUUCUUUCUUUCCAAUCCACUGCUUUCAGUAUGAAGUUAAGAUUCAGAGCACAAGGAAUAAUUAUGUACAGAUAGAAAAAACGACAACCAAUGCGUUCACCUCAGUAAUUGACGCUAUUUCUAAGUACUCCGUUCAAGUGAGAGCAACAGUGGAAUCUGUGUGCAGGGCCGAGGGACGCUGGAGUGAAUGGACUCAACCUAUUUAUGUGGGAAAUGAUGAGCAGACACCGUCGAGAGAAUGGCUUCUUAUCAUACUUCCAGUAGCCAUCUUCUUCAUCUUGUUGAUGAUCUCCCUCAUCUGCAGAAUUUGUCACUUAUGGGCCAAGUUGUUUCCACCAGUUCCGGCACCUAAAAACAACAUUCAAGAUCUCUUUGUCAGCACCAUGCACGAGAAAUUUAGUUCCAAUGAGACCGAAAUCGAAGUCAUAAAUUAUGUGGACGAACAUGGACUUGAGAUUCUGGAAGAUUCUGUGUUUUGA